AUGUUCUCCACCUCAGUGGCGCAAGCGAUGCAAUCGCUGUCGACAGCGCAAGGCGCCGUGGAGUUUGCUCAUCUCCCUGCUUUAACGACCGCCAUAAGCAAGCGCGACCAGGAUACUGGGCAACAACGAUCUCUGUCCCGCUCUACGAGGCGCGAAGGUGCAGGGCGCCUUCCACCCGCACCCGACGCGGAGCAGAUCCGCCGCCCUCGUCGGCCACUUGCGCAG